UCCGCCGCGGGCAGCCCCGGCCCCGCCGCGCCGCCGCCGCCGCUGCCCGGUGUCCGGCAUGGUCCUGCCGGUGCUCGCCGGCGUCUGCCUGGCCGCCACCCUCGCCAUGUUCGCCACCGGCCUGUCUGACCUGCGCCAGAUGCUGGCGACCAAAAGUGUGGAGAACAUCCAGUUCCUGCCCUUCCUCACCACUGAUGCCAACAACCUGAGCUGGUUGGGCUACGGCUGCCUGAAGGGGGACGGGACAGUGAUCACCGUCAACGCCAUCGGGGCAGCCCUGCAGACCCUCUACAUCCUGGUGUAUCUCUACUACAGCCCUGCCAAGCGCCCCGUGCUGCUUCAGGUCCUGCUGCUCCUGGCUGUGGUGGUCACUGGCUACGGCUACUUCACCAUCCUGGUUGACACGGGGACGCGCCUGGCGCACCUGGGGCUCUUCUGCAGCGUCUUCACCAUCAGCAUGUACCUCUCUCCGCUGGCUGACCUGGCCAAGGUUGUCCGGAGCAAGUCGACGCGGUGCCUGUCCUUUCCCCUGACCGUCACCACCCUUGUGGCCUCCAGCAGCUGGACGCUCUAUGGCCUGCAGCUCCAUGAUCCCUACAUCACAGUCCCCAACGUGCCAGGGAUCCUCACCAGCCUCGUGCGGUUCUGGCUCUUCCAGCGGUACCGGCCAGAGCAGGGCAAGCCCUACAGCCCCCUGCCUGCCUGAGGGGUCCCCAGGAGCACCCCAGCUCUGGCCUGGGCUGGCCCCACCGCUGGGCCCCGAGUGCCACCUCGGCUACUCCCAGUGGGACAUCGGGAAGGACC